AAGCCCUGCCCGGCCCGAGGCGCACAGAGCAUGGCCCGAGGCUCUGAGCGAGGCUGUAGGGACGCGGGUUGGGGCCUGCGUGGCGCCCUGGCGGCCGUGGCUCUGCUCUCGGCGCUCAACGCUGCGGGCACGGUGUUCGCGCUGUGCCAGUGGCGCGGGCUGAGCUCGGCUCUGCGGGCGUUGGAGGCGCAGCAGGGCCGGGAGCAGCGCGAGGACAGUGCCCUGCGCUCCUUCCUGGCCGAGUUGAGCCGCGCGCCGCGCGGGGCGCCCGCACCACCCCAAGACCCGGCCAGCUCAGCUCGCAACAAGCGCAGCCACAGCGGCGAGCCCGCGCCGCAUAUCCGCGCCGAGAGCCAGGACAUGCUGAUGAUGAUGACCUACUCCAUGGUGCCGAUCCGAGUGAUGGUGGACCUGUGCAACAGCACCAAGGGCAUCUGCCUCACAGGACCUUCUGGACCACCAGGACCUCCGGGAGCUGGCGGGUUGCCAGGACACAAUGGAUCGGAUGGACAGCCUGGUCCUCAGGGCCCAAAAGGAGAAAAAGGAGCAAAUGGAAAAAGAGGAAAAAUGGGGAUACCUGGAGCUGCAGGAAAUCCAGGGGAAAGGGGAGAAAAGGGAGACCAUGGUGAACCGGGCCUGCAGGGAAAUGAGGGCCCACCAGGGCAGAAGGGAGAAAAGGGUGACAAAGGAGAUGUGUCCAACGAUGUGCUCCUGGCAGGUGCCAAAGGUGACCAAGGCCCACCUGGUCCACCUGGGCCCCCAGGCCCUCCAGGUCCUCCAGGGCCCCCUGGAAGCAGAAGAGCCAAAGGUCCUCGGCAGCCAAACAUGUUCAACGGCCAGUGCCCAGGUGAGACUUGUGCCAUACCAAAUGAUGAUACCUUGGUUGGAAAAGCUGAUGAGAAAGCCAGUGAACACCAUUCCCCACAAGCAGAAUCCAUGAUCACUUCCAUUGGAAACCCAGUGCAAGUACUGAAAGUGACAGAGACAUUUGGGACUUGGAUAAGAGAGUCGGCUAACAAGAGUGACGACCGGAUUUGGGUGACAGAGCAUUUUUCAGGCAUCAUGGUGAAGGAAUUCAAGAACCAGCCCUCACUUCUGAAUGGCAGUUACACAUUCAUCCACCUUCCGUAUUAUUUCCAUGGCUGUGGGCACGUUGUUUACAACAACUCUCUCUACUACCACAAAGGGGGAUCCAACACCAUAGUGAGAUUUGAAUUUGGCCAGCAAACAUCCCAGACUCUGAAGCUUGAAAAUGCCUUGUAUUUUGAUCGAAAAUACCUUUUUGCAAAUUCCAAAACUUACUUCAAUCUAGCUGUAGAUGAAAAGGGCCUUUGGAUUAUCUAUGCGUCAAGUGUGGACGGCUCGAGCAUUCUUGUAGCACAACUGGAUGAGAGGACAUUCUCAGUGGUACAACACAUCAAUACCACGUACCCCAAAUCCAAGGCCGGCAACGCCUUCAUUGCCCGAGGAAUCCUCUAUGUCACAGACACCAAAGAUAUGAGGGUCACAUUUGCCUUUGAUUUGUUAGGAGGGAAACAGAUCAAUGCAAACUUUGAUUUAAGAACUUCCCAGUCUGUUCUUGCCAUGUUAGCAUACAACAUGAGAGAUCAGCAUUUAUAUUCAUGGGAAGAUGGCCAUUUAAUGCUUUAUCCUGUGCAGUUUUUGUCAACCACCUUAAGUCAGUGAUGUGCUGCAUUCGGCUCCCUUCAGCAAAUUUCAGGGGUUUUCUGGGACCACUUCUCUCCCAACAGGAAAUUUGUUUUUUUAACAGCAGCCAGAUGUUUAGAAAAUAACCUCAUAAAUGUUUAUAUGGUCAGUGAGCCCCCCUUAGUGAAAUAGCAACAGACUGGAAGUUGAAAUGGCUGAGAUUUGGUGAUCUCCCCACAGCUGGCUCUGCAAGUUACCUCUUUCUCCUUGGGCCUUAGUUUCCCCAUUGGUAAUCUGAAUUGGCUAAGAUGAUUGGAGAGAUUUUCUCUACCUGUAGAAAAUUUGGUGAUUCUUGGUGGCUGCUCUUCUCACAACUUUUAUGUAUCUGCUUCUGUCGUUUAGCUUUUUUAGCCACAUGCUGACCAAAUUUACCUUUGAGUUGAUAAGUCCAGUGGCUUGAGUAGUGAAUCCCUCAGUGCUGACUUAUAUCUGGUUCUUUGAAAAAAUGCAUUGACUCUUUAAGACAUCUAAAGUAUCACAUUAUCCAUAAUUUAUUGCUUUUCUUUGCAUCUGCACCUGCCACCACAGACUAAUCAUUACCCUCAGCUGCUGAUUGGGCAGCUGUGAGAUUAGCAAAAGCCAGGGACAGCUACAUGUUCAGGUUUCUUUUUUUUUUUUUUUUCCAAUAAGCUAUUUUUUUUCUUUUCUUAUUUUAAAUAGAGAGUCUUGCUAUGUUUCCCAGGCUGGUCUUGAACUCCUGGGGCUCAAGUGAUCCUCCUGACUUGGCCUCCCAAAAUGCUGGGAUUACAGGCAUGUGUGCCUGGCCCAGGUUUCUUAAUCAAACAGAAUCACGAUCUUCCAGGUUCCCCCCAGUUUCUGAUCAUGUUGAUUUGUAGCUGUGGAUCAUGAACACUGAAUCCUUAGAUCACUCUGACUUCUUAUGCUUCUCCUGUGGAUCCACUAUCAAAGUAUUAAAUGCUGUGUAAGUAGACAUUAAUCUGGCUGGAACCAUGGGAAGCACUUUGCAGUGUUCAGAAGAGAGGCGCCAUUUGUGGCUAUUAUGUAGAACUGGGCCAGAGCCAGUCCAUUGCCUGUUUUUUUAAAUAAGGUUUUACUGAGCACAGCCACACUCAUCUGUUUAUGCAGUACGGCCUGACAUUGCUUUUGCUCUGCAAUAGCAGAGUCGAGUCAUUGCAACAAAGGGCAUAUGGCCCCACAGUGCCUAAAAUAUUGACUAGCUACCCCUUUAUGGAAAAAGGUUGCUGACUCCUGAUAAAGAAUAUAAAGUGAGCCUGAUUCUUGAAAAUAUCAGAAUCAGAGCCUGUUUUGUUUUGUUCUAAACUAAGAAGCCGCAUAGGAUGUGACUUGCAUUUUGAGUAGAGGGGAAGGGUGAUAACGGUGUAAGAUGAAGUGGCCCUCCACAAAGGCCGGUUAGGGGACUGUUCUUUCUCUAACAUAGUUUUAAAGGAUGUGAUCUGGUUCCCUUGGAUGCCAGGAGAGAAUCCAGUUGAACUUGCUCCUAAAUGCUCUUAAAUAUGCAUAUUUUCUGCCAACUCACUUCUUUAAACAGCUUUCAGCCCAGCACUGCAGCCCCCGGAAGGGCCACUGCGAAUAGAGAGGAAGCUGGAAAAGUUCCUGGGGCUCUGCAGCCAGGAAGGGGAACCAGGGCAAAUCUUAUGUAAAGAUUUUUCAGCAACUUGUCCCAAUUUGUGUGUGUUCUGAAACUUUUUCUUUGGGACCAAAUUCAUUCUCAGUGGCCCUGAGCUCAAUACAUUAUUAACAGCAGUAUUUUAAAACUUAGGGGAUGAACUGGGCAUGGUGGCACAUAACUGUAAUCCCAGCUACUCUGGAGGCAGGGAUGGGAGGAUCACUUGAGGCCAGGAUCUCAGGACCAGCCUAGAGAGACCCCAUCUCUAAAAAAUAAAAUAUAAGUAAAUAAAACUUAGGGGAUAUACAGAUUUAAAUAUUCAAAUCUCCCUGCUCCCCUGAAAGUCCCCAGGCAGCUGUUAGUGACUUGUUUGUUGUGUUCUCAAUAUGAUGGCUAUUUGAAACUUCACCUACUUUUUCAUUAGAUUGGUUGUGCCAUGUCACCUUAGCUUUUAAAAAUACUCUUUUCAGAUUCACGUUUUCUAACAAAGAGUCUCAUGUUCAAGAUCAAUAUGUCUAAUAAGUGCUGGUGUCCUUUUAAAGUAUUUAAAUAUAUAUGUUGCUGUUGCUGAAUACAGGAGACCGGGAUAGGAAUAUAGUUUCAUGAUAAUAGUAUAUACAAUACUAAUUGUAUAUAAGGUAGCAACCAAAGGAGGUUGUUAAUUAGCACAUAUUCCUUUUAGAAAAAUGUUUUAGAAACCUCAGUCUUGAUAUCUGAGCUAUCUUGGCUCCCUUACUUGUGAGUAAGGGAUCAUGCUCACCACUGGAGAAGCUUACACUGGGACUUUUUUUCUUUUUUCUUUUUUUUUUUUUUGCUAUGACAGAGUAAUGCUAAUGUAAGGACAACUGAGUUUGAUCAGUGUUUAAUGGCAGUGGGUAAUCUUAUCUGAUUGUCUUUAAAAGUGAAAAGGAUUAAGAUUUUAUUCUUUCUCGUAAACAUUACUUGAUUUUUUAAAAAAGUUUUGGGCUCACUGCUAAAAUAGAGUAUAUAACCGAAUGUUUUUAAGUCAAGAUACUGUUUUAGGAGUUUACCCUUUCAUUUAUAACCAAAGUUGCGCUAAAGCACUUUCCAAAUAUCUGCACUUCUAAUGUCAGAAUCAAACCAGAUAAUUCUCUAAUUCUUCUUUAAUCUAAAGUAGAUAGCUUCCCACUGGAAAGUAAAUAAAGCCAUCCCUCCCAACCUCAAAGCUAGGCCACACUCUAUUUCAAAGCAUUUUCUUUCCACUGAUAAGGUGGCCUCCUGAAGCCAAGCAGGUGGUUCUGGUCUCAAAGUAUCGUUAGGCACAGGUGCUAUGAAAGAAAAAGUUCUGGGGUGGAAGUUUUAAGAUGAGGAGUUCUGAUCUUAGGCAUCGUAACAGUCACAAGGUGAAAAGUCAAAUGAAACAGUACAAUUCUUGACGAGUGAGGUGUCAUCUUCCAAUCACACAGAGGACAUUUUGGCUGUGAUCAUCUGAUGGCAAGUGAAGGAGAAAUGAGUGAUAGGGCUUUUCAUUUUCAUCCAGGUGCUGUGGCCCUGUGUUUCACAGCAUUAAGAGUCAUAAUUUCCAACCUGCACAGAUCCUGAACAACAAAUGAAUAAUGAUGAAUGUCUUUUUGGUUGUAAUUUAACAAGUCAAAUAAAAUAAUCAUUGCUGAGCACAA